AUGGCUUACUCUCAGCUGGGAUACUCCUACUCCACCACACCUCAGUUUCUGAUGACCCCCGGCUCUCUGGCCGGUUGUCUGGAGUCGGGAACUCCUCCGCCUCACACGGUGCUGCGCUCCCCGGCCCACCAGCUCACCUCUGGCCCCGGCAUUGGAGUCUACAGCGGAACGUAUCCAAAGAGCCAAGGUUACUAUAACACCUGCUCCAGCGACGCCACCGCCCUCUACUCCAGAGCACCACUAGAUCCCAAAGAUGGAGCUGCAUCUGUGGGGACAUCUCAUACUCCUGGCUACUAUCCCUAUGAAUAUGCACUUGGACAAUAUCCAUAUGACAGAUAUGGGUAUUCCAGCUCUGACGGUGCUUCCCGUCGUAAAAACGCCACCCGAGAGACCACCAGCACCCUGAAGGCCUGGCUGCAGGAGCACCAGAAGAACCCCUACCCCACAAAGGGAGAGAAGAUAAUGCUCGCCAUCAUCACCCGGAUGACCCUCACACAGGUGUCAACGUGGUUUGCUAAUGCACGCAGGAGGCUGAAGAAGGAGAACAAGGUUACGUGGUCACCGCGGCCUUGUAAAAGCUCUGAUGACCGAGGCUGUGAUGAAGACAGCGAUGAAGCGGAGAAGCCACUUAAAAGUGACAAAGACCUUCCUGAUCAACAGUGUGCAGACCUGCAGAGCGACCUUGAGGACUUCGACCUCCUGGAGUCAGAUGGUUCUGAUUGUGAACCGAAGCCACAGUUUCUACGUGAGGACAGUGACGCAAACCCAAACACAGAACUCUCACACGGGCAUCUCGCACACAACCCAGACAACACACGGCACGGAAAAGACAGAUUGUCCCCAGACUGUCCCCAGACUGUCCAACAGCAAAACAAUACCUUCUAUGCUAAUCCAGACCCUCGAAGUACAGAGAGCAAGCCCAAAAUCUGGUCCAUCGCUCACACUGCUGCGUCAUUGGACGGCAGCUUGCAGCCAGAAUACCCCCCCUGCAUGCUGUCGUCGACCGGGUCCUUGUCUCCUGGGUAUCCAUCAAACAUGGCGCUCACCAAGGCAGAGAGGGAACAGGAGUCGCCAGUCGCCUCGCUCAGAGAAUGGGUGGACGGAGUUUUCCACGGUCCUCCUUUCCAGCAGCCCAAACCAGCUGAUGUGUGGAAAGGCUUAAAUGAUGCCAUGAUAGACAGCCGGACAGUCCUUUGA